AUGUAUCCAAUCUUUAUUCAUGUGUCACGGAAAAAUGCAGAUAAAGAUAGGGCAGCAUCAACAUGUCAUAUCACUUGUCAUUUUCAUGAUGUUACUAAAUUUCUGCAGAAAACAUUCUGGAUUUCUGUUCUGUUACUGAUUUUAGUUCUGGCAAUCUACAACAAUGUAAGUAAAAAGAUAUCUGGAUCUAUUAUUAUGCUAAUUCCAUUAUUGUACCUUUUUAUUCUAACCGUCACUAUGAUUGAACACAUUCUGUUAUCUGUUCUUGCUAUCCAACGGUGUCUCUUAUUCUUCUUCGAAUGGUCAGUUGAUUACAUCACAUUGAGUGAUAAAGGGUGGUCUAGACUUAUCAAGUUUCUGUAUAUCUACAUGUUCUUAUUCAACUCAAUUCUGAGAGUUGUGAAGGCGUUCAUGAUUCCAGCCGAUUCAACCUUCAGUUUACCAUUUAUUGAAUUCAUGAACUUUUAUAACUCAUUGGAUAUGCUUUACAUACCUUCUAUUUUGUUAUUAAGUGCUGCAUUGGCACAACUGAAUGAGGAUUUGAUUUUUUCUGCAAUAAUAUGGAUUGACAUUCUCACAACUCACUUCAUUAUUCAAACAUCUUACCUCAUCAGCAACAGAUCCAACAUGACAGCAGCGUUGGCAUGGUGUGGAUUCAGCAGAUAUUCUGAUGUGGCACCGUACACAGUUCAGGAGAGAACUACUAAUUUUUGA